AAGGGCGUGUUUACAUCAACGUCACAGCAGUUUGCCGAAAGGACCAAGUUCUUAUACUUCAACAUCAUGUUCCAUGGGAUAGCAGGCACAGGAGGAGUAGGAGGAGCUCCAGCUAAUAAACCAGAGUUAUAUGAGGAAGUGAAACUAUACAAAAAUGCAAGGGAACGAGAAAAGUACGACAACAUGGCAGAAUUGUUUGCCGUCGUCAAGACCCUGCAGGCCUUAGAGAAAGCUUACAUCAAAGACUGCGUAACACCUAAUGAGUACACUGCCUCCUGUUCCAGACUCUUGGUUCAGUAUAAAGCUGCCUUCAAACAGGUACAGGGCUCAGAUGUGGGAUCCAUCGAUGACUUCUGCAGGAAAUACAGACUCGAUUGCCCCCUCGCCAUGGAGAGAAUUAAGGAGGAUCGUCCAAUCACCAUCAAGGAUGACAAGGGCAACCUGAAUCGCUGCAUUGCAGAUAUAGUUUCUCUCUUCAUCACUGUGAUGGACAAGCUGAGACUGGAGAUCAGGGCAAUGGAUGAGAUCCAACCAGACCUGAGAGAACUCAUGGAGACCAUGAACAGAAUGAGCAACAUGCCUCCAGACUCAGAGGCUAAGGACAAAGUCAGCCUCUGGUUGACCACCCUCAGCAGCAUGUCAGCUUCAGAUGAGCUGGAUGAUAAUCAGGUUCGCCAGAUGCUUUUUGAUCUAGAGUCGGCCUACAACGCCUUCAACCGCUUCCUCCACUCCUCUUAGAGUCAAAUCUUUGUGUGUAUAACUCUGGCAAUUCUGGCAUUUUGUUAAGUUAAAAAUAAACUGCGACUUUUUCCUGGUUGUUCUGGCAGGGAGUAGAUUUAUGGCCAUACAGCUAUACAUCUCGCUUCUGUUUUUUUUUUUUUUUUUUUUUUUGUCAUUGUGCAUUAAGUUACUUUGUUUGUCAGUCAAGUUUUGAACAGUUCAAACUGCACUGGCUUUCAUUCUCUUGUUUGUGGUACAUGAUGCUUCCUGCAGCCUUGCUCUAUGGGUUUGUCCAAUGCUGUAAGAUUCUCUUCUGGCCUUUUUUUAUAUAUAUACCAACUCUUGUGUGAAAAAUCUACUUGGCUCUUAAUUCAGCCAUGACAGUUUACUCCUAACUUUGUACUGUAACAGUAAAAAUCAAAUUUUAUAGCUAGGUUUGGCAGAGCACAAACAAAUAAGCAUUUUAAGAAGAAGAGAGAUUUGAAGAAGAGGUUGCAACAGCCAAAGUCUUUAUAUUACCCUAACCUCCUCCCUUCUGUUACCUGUGUCUGCUCUGUUUGUCAUGCUUCAUAUCACUUAGGUUUUUACUCUAGAAUCCUACAGCUGUGUAAAUUUAGCAAAUGGAAGAGUACAGCUAAUCGUCUUUGCCAGUGUGCAGGUGAAACUAAUUAUUUGGUCUUCAUGAUAAUUGGACUGCACAUCCAGUUAAUGAUAAUAUGGAAGGAAUGCUUUAUGCUUAUCACUUAUUUUUCUUCUCCCUGUACUAUAACAUGUCUAAUCCAUAUUUCCUUUAGAAAUUAGGGUUUCACCAUAUUAUAAGUUAGCAAGUAUGAGGUGCACAAACUGACUCUUUGUUUUGCAUUCUCAAUAUGCUUCGACCCCCAAAUCCAUUAGGGAAGACGUAUUUAUUAAAAUUUAUCAUUGUAAAUAAUAGUGUUGAUUUUUAAAUAAAGGCAUGUAACAACUUUUUAGAAAUAAACUUUAAAAAAUCUGCAAGCUAGUCUCUUGUAUUGUGUUUGAGUAAUAUUUAGUUUUUUACGUUAAGAGGUUCAUUGUGGGUAUAUUAAUGUGACUAUAUUUGACAGUAAAUUAUGAGAUGCUAUUAUCUUUAUGAGAGCUUUAUAACCUAGAUACCAGCAGUUCUGUUAAGAUUUAACUAUCAGAAGGACUAACAAUAGCUUAAAUAUGAUGCUUAAUUAACGGGUACAGUUACUGAAAUAUGGCAUUGUUUUAACAAGUGAGCUGUUUCAUUUAGUAAUUUGGAAACAGAAACUCAAGGUUUAAUAUAUAUUUUCUAUACUAUUUUAAACAUAAAAACUAAAGUAACUGCAAAUCUCUGAUAUAAUGCUUAACUGCUAAAAGUAAGUAUCUUACUUUAGUUAAAUCAAAAGUUGUACUAAGUUACAGGGGUGUGGCAAUUUUCGGUGGUGGUGUCAUAAUAACUGGGAAAUGUAAACCAAUAAGCCUCCAAGACAUCUUCUGAUAAAGCAUGUUCUUGGGUAUGGAUGUGUUAGAAAUCCUCUCAUUUAUCCCACGGGGGAGCAUGACACCAUGGCUGAAAUAAAGUCACAAGUGGGUGUACAGUCAUGAUUUGUAGUUGUCAAUAAACGGAUGAU